CAUUUCACAGCGCACACGGGAGGUUUCGAGAAAAGUUACGGUCUACAGAGACGCACAGUUAAUAAUCUAUAGUCUUUAACAGUCCACUGGUAAACUAGUUUGGUUAAUUAACACCGUUGAAAACGUUUGUAUACCACUAGUUUGUGUUUGGUUCAGUAAGGUGUUACACGUACCUAUAAGUAAUAGAGUGUUUUCGGUGUACAAAAUGUCAAAAUUACUAGUAUCCUUAUUAUUUUGCCUGUUAUGCCCAUGUUUUGUCUAUGUAAGUAAAACAUUUUUUUUUUUUUUGAAAAUAGCCUUAUAUUAUCUAUUACCGUUUUGUACCAAGGUGGAUUUAUAUUAAUCUACCUACUUAUCUAUAUUUUUCUCGUUACUUUUGAAACCUCCCAUAGUGUCUCCUCUGAACCAAAUGUACUCGAGUAUUCGAGUUUUUCUUAAGGGCAGAUUAAAAUGAUAAAAAUUGCAUUUAAUUUUGAUACGGAUUUACGUACGUUACUGCGAGAAGAAGAUGUUUUUUUUAGGUUUUAAACACCUAUAUAUACAAUUAAAUGAAGCAAGGACUGCUAAGAGAAUUAUAUUUUUUACGCAUUGUAUUAUUAUAAUAAUUUUAAUACUUAAUACUUUUCUGUAUAAUAUUUACCUACCUUUCACCUUAUCAAUUGUUUGAUUAAUGUAAUAAACACAAGUUUAAAACCAAACACAUAAAACAUAUAAACUACAUUAGUAAUAGUCAUUGGCGUAACUAGAGAGGCUUAUCCGCUCCUCCUGGUAACCAAUUUAGUCCCCCUAAGUAGGUAGGCUACCUGACAACAAUACAAAUUUACGGUAUUUUCAACAAACUGCAGUACAAUUUUUUAAAAAAAUAUGUUUUAAUAAAAAUUGAUAUUUAUUAUUACAAAAAGUUGUUUUUAGUGAUGCGCCACAUCCUUAAUUUGUUAUAUUCAUUCAAAAAUAUCGCAGGAAAGAGUUACUUAAUUAUCUAUUUUAUAUAUUGAACAAGAAUUAAUCAAUAAUAUUAAUACAGCAAAUAUGGUAUAUGCAUUUUUUGAAAACAAACGCAAACUCAAAAUAUAUAUAUAAAAAAAAAAACAAAAACGUACCUUUAAAUAUAUAUACUAAAAUGUAUAUAUUUUUGAUGUAGGUAUUAUUUAUAAAGUUUUGUUUUAUGAUACUUGUCUACAUGUGACAGGAUUUGCUCAAAAAUGUUAUGAAAGAAAAAACAGCUAGGGCUCUAGCCCUGCCCCCCUCUAUUUCAGAGGCUUAGUUACGCCUAUAGUAAUAGGUAUUUAUAAUAUUAUAAUAUUCAGAAUACUAAUACACGUAUAUAAUAUUACAGGGAAAAUAUUCUGCGGAAGAUGUGGUUGAACUCGGGAAACUGUGCAACGCUACCAAAGGUAAAAAUAUUUCGCUAUUACCGUUCGUUCGUAAUCCGUCUAUCUAAUCCUUCUAAUCCUUCGUUUCCGACACCUUUUUUGUUUUUCAUAACGUCACCAUAUUUUACAUAUAUUACCUAUGGAAUUUCGUAGGAAUAAAAAUUGUAUAAUUCAAAUUUAGAGGAUUUGUAGGUAUAGAUUAUAGCCUAGAUUAUAAUAUUAUAUUGCAUAUUUAGAUACCUAUUUUUCGAUAUUAUAAUACCUUCAGAAUGCUUACCUAUUUUGUAUUUUAGAAGACAUUGACGUGAUGAAAGAUUACAGCAUACCAUCUACAGAAACUGGAAAGGUAAUAAUUUUUUUUUAUAUAUACUUCUAAGAGAAAAACAAAAUUCAAUAUUUCCAUAAUAUUACUAUUGUAAUAUUUGUGUAUCUGUUUAACCAGUUAUUUAUAAUAUGCAAUAAAUGUGGUAUAUUAUUAGAUCUCUGUUAACAGUUAUAAGUUAUAACAUACAUUAUGUCAAUAUUUUUUGUAUUUUCUUUUACGCAAUAGGUCCAUUUAAUCUUUUAUAAUUGUCUCACUGAAUGACAAAUAAUUACACGCUUAACGACUUUACUGUACCUUUUCUAGGAUCUUUUGUUUUGGCAUACACCCCAUCCACAGAAAUUUGUAAUAAAAGGCGAACGAUUGAAGGAAUCUAGUUUAUCUUUAACUGUUUUCAUCACAAAACGAAAAUUAAUUUUAAUCAAAUUAAUCACUUUUUAAAUUUAUUUAAAUGUAAGUAAAUAAUUUGACGUGUAUUUUUUUUCAGUGUUUCAUGAAAUGUUUAUGCGAAAAACUCGAUAUGGUAAUUAGUCAAAAAAAAAAUUAUAUUUUAUACAUUACAUAAAUAAAUACUUUUAAUAACAUAUAUUAUGCAUAAAAAUACGUGCGUAUCUUGCUUUUUUAUUCUUCAGCUAAACUCCUAUGGCGAAUAUAGUAAAGCUCGCACCAUGGAAAUGUUGAAAAAGUAUUGGCCCGAAACGCCAGCAAAUAUAGCUGCAAAAGUAAAUGAUGUGUGCUACGGGGAAGGUGAGUAACAUACUCAUUUUUCUUCAUAUAGGUACCUAGUUAGUAUAUUUUCGUUAUGAAUAGUUUAUUUCUGCGUGAUUAACAACACACAAAUUACAAUACCAUCUCUUUUACUUUCUAUAGACAUUAAUCAAUAACUUUAAAUAUACAACUGUCAAUAAACAGUAAUUAAAAUAAUAAUGUUUGUAUUUAAAUGUAGUACCUAUUUUGUUGUAUAUAUUAUUGCUCUUAGGUAUAUGUACCUAGUCAUCCUGCGCAUAAUUAUAUAUUUAACAAAUUAAUGACAUGCGUUAAUUUGCUAUAACUAGGUAUUUAAAAAGAAAAUAAAUUCACAAUUUAUCAUUUAUACAUUUUUAUUUCGGUAACUGUUCGUAUUUUAUCGUUUUAUGGAACUGUUAGAUUAUAAAAUUAUAAACUUAUAAAUACACGUAUACGUUUAGAACACAAACCAAAUUUAAUGAAUCAACUACUAUUAUUAUGUAUUACCUAAAUAUAUAAAAUGAGUUAAAUAAAAUUGGAACCGAAAAAUUAUCUUUUAACAAUAAUGUCGGUUCUGGUUCCAAUAUUUUCAAAAGGUUCCGGUUUAAAUACCAGUGUUUUUAAUUUUAUUUCUAAGCCCUGAAUUAGGUAUCAAAAAAAAAAAAAUAAUAAUAAUAAUACUUUCGUACAAAAAAAUAUUAAAUUUAUAAUGUAUAUGUUUAUAGGUAUAUGGCCAUAUUGAAACUAUUGUAAUUAAUUAUUGAAUUUUGUACGGGUUGUUUCGUUAUAGUAAAUAAUUUAUAAUUUUCUUUGCAGCUUUAAAAAUAUCACCGACCGAAUCGGGUACUUGUAAUUAUUAUUACAAAAUAAAAUCGUGUAUGAACACUCAGUAUAAACGCGUAAGUGGUGUUAUAUCUAACUCUUAAUGAAAUAUUAAAAUCGAAAGAAAAAAAUGUAUUUAUUGGUUUUUUUUUUUUUAUGUAGAAUGGUAUGUUGUAGAGAUAAUGUUGUAUUGUUGUAGACGAGCGGAUCCAAUAUAAGAAAACCGAAAUCGUAAAGUUUAUUGACUAAACCUAUUUACUCAAACUAUAAAUAUUACUGUCAUGCUAUUGGAAUGGUUGUUAUACGAAUAUUGGUAUUUAAAUUCAUAUUUUUCAGGUUUACUGACACGUCAAACAGGUAUUAAUGUAUUAUUAUGAUGUCAUAAUUUUUAAAUCGUUUAAAACAAAUAACGAUUUAUCAUAUGUAUUAUGUUUUAUUCAUUAAUAUACUCAGUUAAAUUAAAU